AUGGACCGUACCUCCGCUCCAGGCGGCGGGAAUCAAGCCGCGUAUCCCACAUGGAACGCUCCUAUCGUCCAGCCGGCUCCGUACCCGCCGUACGCUGCUUUCUAUCCGCAUCCGGCUUAUAAUCGACUGCCGCAACCUGUUGCUCUCGUGCCGAUUCCUGCGGCGCCGUUCGCGCAACAGCCUCCAUCGCUCUACCAGCAGCAGCAGGAGAUGCAACGUCAGGAGAUGCAACGUCAGCAGCAGCAGCGGCAGCAGCAGCCCCAGCCCCAGCAGCAGCAGCAGCAGCAUCAGAACACGCUAGGGAACGUGGAGGCGUUUCAGAGGCUAAUGGAGGCGUUUCCGAGCCUGGGGCAUAGCUGCGUAGAGCGCGCGUUCCUGGACGCUAAGUACGACGUGAACCUCGCAGCAGCCGUGCUCGCAUUGUCGCAAGAACAGCCCGCGACCGACCUCGCUGCUGCUGCUGCUGCUCCUGGUUCUUCUGGUGACUCUGGUGGCGCUGCUGGCGGCACAGGCGCUGCAAUGCAAGGCGGAGCAGCAGUCAAGGACGGCGCAGUAGCGCACCAAGCGCAGGAGCAGGAGCACCGGUGGUGGGAGGAAGCCCCUUUCGCUGCAGCAGGCAGGGCGGCGGGGGAGGUAAAGGCGGAGGGGGGGGUGGAACGGAAAGCUGUUCUGCGGGGAAGUGACGCGGCUGGGGAAGAUGAGGACGUGUUCGUGUGGGGUGAUGGGGGGUGGGAAGCGGUGGACGAGUGCACAAACGAAGCACGAGGUGGGGGGGAUGUGAACAGGCAGGGAGACGCGGAGGGGCAGGAGAAGGGGCGGGGUGACAAGAGGAGGAGUAGGAAGAGCAAGGGAAAGAACAAAGUGGAUGACCUGGGUGAUGUGAAAUCGGAAGUGGUGGGGAAGGUGAGUCGUGGUGGCGGGGGGUCGAGUGAAGGGGGCAAGGAAACGGCGCAGCGUGACACUAAGAGGAGUAAACUGAAAGCUCCUUCUCCUCAGAAGCCGCAGAAGCAGAAGCAGCAGCAAGGAGGGGAGAGGGAGAAGAGUGCUGCAGUGCAAGGGAGUGCGUUAGAGACCCAGGCAGAGCCACUGCGCCAGGCAGAACGCACGCAUGCAGCACCUGCUGCCGCUCCUGAUGACGCCACCGCCACUGCCAUCACCACCGCUGCGGCCGCUGCUGGCCCUGGUGGUGCUGGUCUGGCAGCAGCAGGUGACUGUGAAGGCGAGGGCGAGGGCGAGGGCGAGGGCGAGAGCAGCAGCAUGGAGUACAGCGAUAUGGUGGAUUUCUUCUACUCCAUGCUGGGCAGCAAUGCAUGCAUUGAAAAGGACACCAUCAGCUACGUCAUCUCCUACUACAACGGAGACAUGUCUCAGAGUCUGGAGGUGCUGUUGGGGCUGGUGGGCGGCCAGGCGGAGCAGGGGGGAGGGGAGGGCGGACAGGGAGGGGGAGGGGCAGGGGGGGAAGCGGGGGAAGGCGGGUGGGGGAGAGCGUAUGGGGAUGUGGAGAUGGAGGAGGCAGAGGGAUGGUACCCUGGGGAAGAUGCUGCUGCUGCUGCUGGGGGUGAUGCUGCUGCUGGGGGUGGUUCUGCUCUUGCUGGUGCUGGUGGUGCCGCUAGUGCUGACGAUCAGUUGAGGACUGGUGGGGUGAGUGGGGAGCAGCUGCAGCAGCAGAAGAGGUUGGGAGUGGUGCAGAUGGAUGAGAACAUGGAAGAUGCAUUUCAAGCCAAUGCUGCUGCGGCUGCGGCUGCUGCUGACGAUGCUGCUGCUGAUGCAGCUGGUGGGAGUGCAAGGGGCGAGGAGCAGAAGCUGGCCACGCUCUGUGACGCCUUCCCCUACUUUGACCGCGCUGUCGUCGCUGCUUUUUUGGAGUCUCUGGAUGGCGACAUGGAUGGAGCAGCAGACGCACUGCUGGCUCAGGAGACAGCAGCAAAGGCCGCCGCCAACUCUGCCCCUGCUCCUUCCGCUGCUGUUACGGCCGCCCCUUCUUCUCCUCCUCCUGCAGCUGGUGCUGCUAGUGGUAGUGCUGCUGCUGCUGAGGUAAGAGCAGGCAGGAAUGCACGACACCGGUCAGGAGAGAAGAAAGAACAGCCAGUGUCCUCCUUUCUCCUUUUCAACCGCAUUCGCUUCCACCCCUUUUCCCCUUUCCACCCACUUACCCUCUUCAACUCCUUUUCCCUCUUCAAUCCCUCGUCCCUCUUUGAUCCGUUUUCCCCUUCCAACUCCUUCUUGUCCACCCCUUCCGGUUGCACCCCCGCCUUCUCCAUUUCCCGGCCUUGCCUCCACGCAGGGAGGGGGAGUGGAGGAGAGGGCAGUGAUGGAGCAGCUACUGCUGCUGUACCCACGGGUGGACCGCGACUCGCUCCUGCAAGUGCUGCGCGUCUGUGGCGGCUCUCUCAGGUGUGGCGGCUCUCUCAGGUGUGGCGGCUCUCUCAGGUGUGGCGGCUCUCUCAGGUGUGGCGGCUCUCUCAGGUGUGGCGGCUCUCUCAGGUGUGGCAGCACUCUCAGCCCAAUUCUUUAUUUCACCUCCCUCCUCGGUUCCCCUCUCCCCCAUGUCUCCGCAGUGACACGUGUGCCUUUCUUGACAGCUCAGAGGUGGCAGCAGAAGCAGAAGCAGCCGCGCGAGGUCCCAGCACCCAUCGCAGCAGGGCACAGGCAGCACAGGGAGCGGGGCAGAGGAGGCAGGAGGAGGUGCCUCUGUGGAAGUGGAGGGCGCAACACAGAGCUGCAGAACGCGCUGCUGCUGCUGAUGGUGGUGGUGCGCGUGUCGGCAGUUAUCGUGCUGCUGAUGGCGGUGUUGGUGGUGAUGGUUAUGCUGGUUCUGAUGGUUAUGGUGCCGCGGAUGGUUACGCCUUUAGGAGUGAGGGUGUGGCGGGUGCUGUUCAGGCAGAUUCUGGCGCAGGUAGCAGGCCUCGUGUGAUUGAAGGCGCUGCUGCUGCUCCCGCUACUGGUGCUGCACCAGGGGGGCGUCCCGCCUCCCCUCCCAAGUCAUCCGAUUGCUACAAGCGGCACCGCGAGGCGGCGUUUGAGAGGAGGAGGAUGAUGCAGUAUUACUUCCGAGAGGCCAGUGAGGCGUGGAGGCGAGGGGAGAGGCAGCGAGCAGCAGCCCUUGCAGACAAGGGUCACGAGUAUCGGGAGCAAUAUCAAGAGCUCAUGCAGGAAGCAGGGCAACGUAUAUUCAGGGAAAACAACGAGCGGCUGGGAAACAACAUGGAUGUGGAUCUGCAUCACCUGCAUGUGGACGAGGCAUUGCAGCACCUGCAGCUGCACCUCACUCUCCUGCAAACCCUGCCCACUCUCAGCAGCAUAACGGUCAUCACUGGUAGAGGCAAGCACAGCGCUUCUGGGCAAGCCAAAAUUAAACCUGCGGUGCACCGGUACUUGCAGGAGAGAGGAGUGGGGUGGCAAGAGCAGAACGCAGGCAGCAUCCGCAUCACCCGCUACAAUCUACCCCCGGAUCCCAUCCGUAGAUGA